AUGGAUAAUGGACAGCUAAGACUGGAAGGAUCUAAAACUACAGUAUCAGAGAUUGUCAAUGGAGCAGAAUGGGUAUGUAGUGGAUUGACUCACUUGAGUAUCACUCUUGAGGCAGAUAUUGAUCAAGAGACUGAAGAAGGGAUGGCAAAGGCACGUAUUGCGUUUAAGCAGCUUGGCAAGCUGACUCGGCUAGAACAUCUUGACCUAACACAGCUCUACAGUCGGACACUGGACAUAAGACUAAGAGCAGGUCUGGAUGAACUAGCCAAUCUGAAGAGACUAGAUACGCUAAGGGUUACAGAUUAUCAGCAGCGAAUGCAGCUUGAGGAUGCGACAUGGAUGGUGAACAAUUGGCCAAGAUUUAGAGGCGUGCAUGGUGUUCUGAACGGCGAGGAAGAUGCAGCUGCUUUGCUGGAAGAGUUCUUUGAAUCACAUAACAUAAUCUAG